AUGAAUGAUGGCCGAUAUAAAUAUAAUGCUGAUGGGACGCUCAUAGUCAAUAAUUUCUCUGCAAUUGAAAUCCUUUUGACCGAAGUGUCGUCUGGCUAUGGCAAAAAUGAGGCUGGUAAAAUAAGCUUUGACCAUCAUAAAGCCAUGUUUGGGAUGUUGGCAAUGAUACGAACAGUGGCUCAGUUAUGCGAAACAGCCUCAAUCAACACUUUCGCAAAAUUGAAAAUCCAUUUCCUGCAUGCCCAUGGCACUGCCAUCAGACAUUGGUCAAUGUCAACACAGGCACCCGGCAUCUAUAUCAUGAUCAAAGAGCAGAGGGUGGAUGUUCCUAUCAGUUUUUCUGAAAAAGAUAUUACAAUUCUUCCGUUUAUCUGCUUCUUUAAAACACUUGCUGGCCAGAGGCCACAAAACCUUUCCAGUAUCAUAAAUCCAACGAUCAUUCGCUUAAAUGAAGGAAAGCAUACAAGUAUUGUAGCAGAGCAUGGCCCUAUGAGCGUACCUAACAGCCCUAAUCCAUAUCCCGUUCAAACAUGA